AUGUCGUGGGGUCCCCCCCCGCCUUUCUCUGGGCAAGACAAGCUCCGCGGAGGCAUUGCCUUUGGCGCUGCUGCCUGCUGGAUACGCGCCGCUGGCGAGGUUUCACGCGAACCUGCUCUGCCGCCUUCGGCCUUCGCCUCGAUCCUCCAACAGCGCGCGUACAGAGAGUCUCUCAGGCUUCGCAGACACCGCGCGGCUGUCCUCUUGCUCUACCUGCUCCUCCCUUUUUUCGUCCCAGAAGGCUCUUCCCCCCCCUCCCCCUACUCGUUUCGGGAUCUCCAGCAGCAAACGCCGCCUCCGCAGCAGCCAGGAAGGCAACCUCCCCAGCCUGAUGGACCUCGGCGGGAGCUGCCCCUCCGAGGAGGCAUUCCAAGGGAGCACAAGUUCGCAGUCGAAGGCAGUCGCAGACAAAAGCUCCUCAUUCUGCCGUGGGAGUUCACCCCUCAGUCCCUGGAGUCUCCCGACGUCGCCUUACACACCCCUUCCUCCCCUCCAGAAAUCCUCGACCUCGAGCCACCCCAACACCCCUUCGUAGACACACCACGACAGCUGCUACUGCAGUCUCAGCCCCCCCUCCCGAAGACUUCUCGCUUCCUCCGGCUCGCCAUCAACACUGCCUCUUGCCAGCCAGACAGCACGCAGUGCCUUGCCGCCAAUACGCCGAUUCUCAGCGCAAUUCACACUUCUAGCGGAGCCAAUGGUGAUAGCUUUCUUCACGACAAUAGCGCCUUCAAGCCGUGGAGGACCUGGCCCCUCUCACCGCAACACGGCUGGAAGGCUAUGUGGCUCGUCGCUCUCCUCUGCUUAUGCUUCUUGGGUUACUGCUCGCUGCUAGCCGCCGUGACACGAGGCUGCACGCCUUCUGCUGCCGUCCCUGUCGCAGCACUUGCGUGCUGCCUCGUAUCCGCGGCAGACUACAUCCUGCUAGUAUUUGGAAAUGUGGCAGGAGGAGCCCACACUGCAGGAGGCGCGUGGAGAGCCACACGCCUCGCGCGCCCUCUUCUCCUCUGCGGUUUGCAGCAUUCCGUUAGGGUGCUGUUGGUGCGAAUCGUCAAGACACUCCCUCAGCUUUGGAGUAUUAUACUGGCCCUCUUUCUUUCUGUAGCCCUCUUCGACUGGCUGGGCGUCAUCUUAUUUGCUGGAACGGGAGGGCACGAGCAAUUUCACAGCUUUCAGCGGGGAUGUGUGUCUCUUCUCCUGGUUGUUACUACUGUGAGACUCCCGCAGGUGCUACUUUGCGGCUACACCGUACAUGAGGCUGCCGUGCUCUUCGUGAUUGCUUUUUAUCUCAUUACUGCGCUGCUGUUGGGACUCUUUGCGGCCGCCUUCUUCUCUGCCUUCAGACGACAAGAAGAGAAGGAUCUAGCCGAGCUGUCUGCUCUCCGCGUCCGGUACCUUCUUUCCGCCUUUUCCCUUCUGCAGGACUGUGGAGGCGGCCACGUGAAGCUGCGAGAGUGGCGUCUUUUUUACGAGGCUCUCUCUGCCCUCCCUCCCGCCUCCUUCCAGACGCUGAGCCCCGAAGAAACAAGGCUUUUUCUCCAGCAGCAGCAGCAACAACAGCCAGAUUCCUCUCUCGCUCCGGAGCAGAAGCGACUCGGAACAGUGGCACUAGUCAGCCCCAAAGAUCGAGAAGAGACGGACUGGCUGCCCUCUCCGUGGGGUUCCCCGAGCUCGAGGCGCAUGCAGCUCCGCGGAGCAGACCGCAUCGGCGCCAGCGAGGCCUCGCGCUUGCUGCUGCAGGCGUCACCUCUCGCUGCAUCUGCCUCAGCUGCAUCGGCCGCGGAGGCUGCCGAGGACGAAGUGCAGGAAGCAGCCUCGCUCCUGCGUGCCUGGGGCAUGCGCGAAAGGCAAUUAGGAGGCCCUUUGCGUGCCCUCUAUCGUCGUCAGAUGCUCGCGGAGGCUCAGUUUGCCUUGGACUGUCUGGGAGAAGCCAGCGCCGACUCGGGGGGAGGCAGAGGCAUCUCACCCCUCGCGUUCGCGAGGUUGCCCGCUGCUCUCGCUGCUGUUGAGAAGGAAAAAGCCGCAGCAGCUGCCAAGGCCUUUGAGAAAGCUCGCACGCCAAGGGCUUCCUCUUGGGCCUGGGGUCUGAGCGCCGUAGCCGACAUUGCCGUCGCCGUCUCCUUGGUUGUUACGUUUUUACAAACGCGGAAAUUCAUUCUGACUGCCUCCAGUCUAACGGGAGAGCCUAUCGACGAAGAAGCCGCAGACGGGAUGCCAGCUUCCUGUUUCCUCUCGCAUGCCACGAGCUACUGGCUGCAGUUUGGCCUCAGCGCUGUGUAUUUCUCGUCCGCGGGGGCCCUUCUUGGCCUCGAGGUUAAGCACAGGGGCCUUUGGAAGCUGUCUACUGUUUCGAAUUUCGACUUAUGCGCAAUAGCUGCCCUUUUGGUGGUUGAUAGUGCGUGCCUUCUCGCGGGAGCGGCACCGUCUCUCUCCCCGGAAAAUAACGCAGAGGGCCUCGUGGAUGACCUGUCGCGCUGUAUCGCCUUUGCUCGGGUCCUUAGAGGCCUUCGGAUCGGAUUCAGGAUCAACCCCUUGAAGAAGAUGGUCACUCGCUUGCUAAGGGCUGUGCGACGGCUAAAGACAGUGAUACAAGUUCUGCUGCUUCUGUUUUACACCUACGCGACGGUAGGAAUGGAAUUGUUCAGGGGCCUCAUAGAAUGCGAGCUCGGAGCCCAAGGCAUUGGCUCCACAGGUCCAGAGGCAGAGGGAGACCUCACCGAUUGGGGGCUUUUGAAUUUUAACGAUCUUUUCUCCUCGCUGGUGACGCUCUUCUUGCUUACUGUAAACGGCUGGGAUGAUGCCUUGAAGGCCCUCGUAAAGCACACUUCGGUACUGAAAUGCAGUUUGUACUUUGUGUCAUUCUACAUCCUAACCGACACCAUCCUCCUCAAUCUUCUUGUGGCACUCGUCCUGGAAGCCUACGAGCAGGUCUCGUCCGUGCCCCCCCAGAUAGCGCCUCCAGCUGUCGACGAGCAGCCAUUCCACAAUGCCGCGCAUAAAAUGCCACUGCUGCUGCAAAUCGAGGGAACGCUUCUCAGCGAGCAGUCCAGGAGCCCCGCAGGGACCGAGAGCAGCCACAAUAAUUCUCCAUUAAUUAGCUAA